UCUAUACGUGUAUCACAUGUUGCCGUUCACACAGUUCACAAGCAACUUAACCUAAUCUAACCUAAUCUCACUUUUAACGCAUUACGUUAUGGGUUACGCAGGGUUUUAUACAUUAUCAUUGUAUCUGAGAUAAUUCUUUUUUUACAGAUAUGAAAAGUAUAGAUAUUAGACAUUAUCUUUCUCAGCAACAAAGAUAGCUUUAUCCGUGAUAUUAUAACAUUGGCAUUAUCAUCUCUACAAAGAUUUCUAAAAUGGCUCAAAGUGCUGCUUUACUGACACGCAUAGUGGCAUCCUCUGUAUCUGCAACAAUUCAAGCUGGCAAAAUAAUCCGAGAUGUUUUAAGCAAAGGUGGAUUAAAUAUUGUGGAAAAAGGAAAAAAUGAUCUGCAAACGGAGGCGGAUCGUUGCGCCCAACGUUGUAUCAUAACUUCGCUCAGUCGACAAUUUCCAAACAUCACAAUUAUUGGCGAGGAAGAGCCAUCUAGCUGCGAAGUGCCAUCAGAAUGGAUCAUUACAGAAGCGGAUCAAGAAGUAUUGCAAUUAAACCUACCAGCCCAUUUGGAGGACAUUAAUCCUAAGGACGUGUGUGUCUGGGUAGAUCCUCUCGAUGGUACAGCAGAGUACACACAAGGACUAGUGGAGCAUGUGACAGUAUUAGUCGGAGUCGCAGUCGGCAAAACGGCAAUCGGAGGCGUGAUACAUCAACCUUAUUAUAAAAACGAUGAAAACAGCACAUACAUUGAAAACGGCCGUACAUUGUGGGGUAUUGAUGGUGCAGGAUUUGGUGGAUUUACACCAAAAUUGCCUCCAAAGGAAAGAAGAAUAAUCACGACCACUCGUUCACAUUCCGACAACAUUGUUCAAAGCGCUAUAAAAUCACUGAAUCCCGACGAAGUGACACGCGUUGGCGGUGCUGGGCACAAGGUAAUUCUUCUGUUAGAAGGAAAAGCUCAUGCAUACGUAUUUGCCAGUCGUGGAUGCAAAAGAUGGGACACUUGUGCACCCGAAGCUAUUCUUUAUGCAAUCGGUGGUAUUUUAACCGAUCUUCAUGGCGAACGUUAUUCUUAUAAUCGAGAAACGACACAUGUGAAUAUGAGAGGCAUCCUAGCCACUGCACCUGGCCAAUCGCAUCAGUGGUAUUUAAGUCGUAUACCCGACGAAGUAAAACAAAAGCUACAAUAAAGGACCUGCACAUUUUUGGUCCAAUAAAUUAUUUAAAUAAAAACAAAUUAAAUAUCUUAGCAUUAUUUAACUAUAAUGACCAUGUAUCUUAAUUCUAUUUAAAAAUGUUGAAUAUUUAUCCUGCACAAUAUACACAUUCCAUACAAUUUUAUAUUUUUUGACUUUGUUUCAAUGAACACCUAAUUUGUAAGAAAAAUUGCAAAGAUGGCUAUUCUCAAAACAAUCUUGAAAUAAUAAAAUUAUGCACAAACAUUUUUAAUGAAAA